AAUGGUGGAGGGCGGAUGUGUUGCGCUGUGUGGCUCUUUCGUGACGGGCGGUCGGUCGGUUUCGUCACACGCGACUUUUGCUCUCACAUUCUCUCCCGGCCUCUCGACUCUCACGCCAAGAAGUAAUAAUCAGAGUAAAGACAUAUAGGAAAAUAAUAUCUGAUACCUCGAAGAAAGAACUCGGAAAAUUUUACGAAUACGAACUUUUUCAUUGACUUUUGUUUUUACGUUUUACUUGCGACCUCUUGAUCAUCACGAAGAGAAACAAUGACAGGAGUAAAAACAUAAAGGAAAAGGAUAAAUAAGACUUCGAGGAGAAAAAAAUCUUAGAAAAACAAACGAAUUCGAACUUUCUCAUCGAAUUUUCUUCUUAUAUUUACUACACGCCAAGAAGUAUUAAUAGUAAGAGAAAAAAACAUACAGGAAAAUAAGAUCUGAUACUUCAAGAAAAAAAAACUCAGAAAAAAACACACUAACAAACUUUUUCAUCGCUUUUUUUAAGUUCGAAGAUAAAAAAAGGUGUGAUCCUGAAAAGUUAUAAUUCCUGAAACUGUGCGGGAGAAAUCUUGGAUGCAGUUUAUUGAUUGAAAAAGGAAGAAGAAAAAAAGUAAUACCAGCAAUACCUGAACAAAUGUAUAUCCACGAUUGUAUUACUGACUAAUUAUUGCGAAUACCUGUGCAGGUGACACCGGCCUCGACGUUAUUGUAGUACAGAUCACGUGACCACCAACACCUCCACCUCCUCCUCCUCCAUCAACACCUCUUCUUCCUCUUCCUCCUCCUUCUCCUCCACCAUCAACACCUCUUCUUCUUCUUCCUCCUCCUCCUCCUCCUCUAUCUUCUAAAUUACCACUUUCGUUUUUUUUUUUUACUCCUCACCUUCUUUGCCUCCUCAUCCUUCUUCACUUCCUUGAUAUCCACUUUCACCUUCGCUUCUACCUCCUCCUCCUCCUCCUCCUCCUCCUCCUCUUCUCCUCUUCCUCCUCCUCCAGUCUCCCAUUCAUCUCCUACUCCGCCUCCUCUUACACCUUUUCCAAUCUCUCCUCCUCCUCCUCCUCCUCCUCCUCCUCCUUCCCUCGCCCUUGCAAUCUUCUGGCUCGGUGAAGGAGAGAUAAAAGAGCAUACGAAGUGUAGUACAGAGAAAAAAAAAAGAAGAGUGAAGAGGAGGAAGAACCAGGAGAAAAAAGAAAAGUCGAAAGAGUAAAAAAGGAAAAUAAAUACUAAGAAAAAAUUAUAAUACUCACCGGGCGGAAGAAACAUCGACUUAGUUAAUUUGAAAAAAAAAGGGAAAAAGGGAAUGACAAUAUAAAUAGAUAAACGGGAUAAGAAGGAAGAUUGAAGUCUCGGAGGAACCUUAGGAGGAGAGAAAUUACCUCCAUGAUGGAAGAGGAGAGACAGGCGCGCGAAGAGGACGUAUGAGGGAGAUAGAAGGGAAUCUGGAAUAACUCAGGAAGAAGGAAGAGACGAUGAAGGAGGGAAGGGAAGGAACCAUCCGACUCAGCCUCUCACUCCUGCUGGGUCACCUCGUGGGCUGGGCUGGUGCGGGCACGGGGCUCUACAUGGGGCCAUACUUCCCCAGCCCCCAGACCCGGAACAUCACGGUACACCAGGACACAGUGGCGUACCUCCCCUGCACCGUGAAGCAGCUAGGGGACAAGACGGUGUCGUGGGUGAGGAAGCGAGACGCGGAUAUCCUCACGGUGGACCAGUACACCUUUGUGCGGGACGAGCGACUCACUGUGCACUUCACACCUGAGUCGGACACCUGGACGUUGGUGAUCAAGUACGUGCAGGAGAGGGAUGCCGGGACCUACGAGUGUCAGAUCUCCACCGAGCCCAAGAUGUCUAUGUUUGUACACCUCAACGUCAUAGUGCCCCAAGUGGAGGUAUCUGGCGCAACGGACAAGUACGUGAGGAGUGGUUCGAGCGCUAGACUGGAGUGCACCGUCAGCUCCACUGUGCAACUCCCCGACUACAUCUUCUGGUACCACUCCGGCGAUCGGCUUCUGGAGUACGACCAUCCGCGGGUCAAGAUCACUGUGUCCCGGCGUGGUGGUCAGGGCAGCGAGAUGAGUGUCACCUCCACCCUGACAAUCUCCAACGCCAGGCCUUCGGAUGCCGGGAACUACACGUGUUUGCCCUCCAAUCUGCACAACGCUACCACAGUCCUCCACGUGCUCAAUGACGAGCACCCCGCAGCCAUGCACACAGGUCAAGGGGGAGCACCUGACCCCUUGCCCGCCUGGGGGGUCAUACUGGUGGCCUGUUUGGUUCUUCUCGCCGCUAGAGGUCGACAGGGGGAGACGCUGCACACUCAUCUUUUUCCUCACGUCCUCGCAUCACCGGCUGAAGAGGAGCUGCAUGAGGGGGACAAAAGGAGGAGGAAGGGCGGCGCGGGUGGGGGAGGGGCCGUGGGAGGCGUGGGUUCGUGCUUCAGCCUCACGUACGCCCGCAAAGAAUCCUUCAAGGGUCGCUCGCUGACGGGGACGAGGCGAACGCUCCCUGGCGGCUGUCACAGGGCUGUCUUGGGGCGUGCUAUCGACAGCCCUUCCGCCACGCCUUCAAGUCUGGCUCGUCUUACCGCCUCCCCGCGCUGAGCCGCCCCCGACCCAUGCCUCCUCCUACUCCUCCCAUGUCUUUUUCUUACGGCACAAGCUCUCCUCCGCCCUCCGUCUCCUUCUUCAAGAUUUCUUCCUUCAUGUCGUCAACGUCGUGUUCCUGCCUGCUGCCUCCUCCUCCUCCAUCCCUCCUCCGCUUUUUCUUUCUCGUCCAAGACUCUAAAAAAGGAGGCAAAAGGCACAGUCCCCCAAACCAACAUUUUCGUCUUUUUCUUUCCUAAUUAAGAAUGUGUUUCCCGGAAGAGUGUUUUGCGUCGUAAUUUGACUGCGGCGAAAGACCGAGAGAGAAAACUAAUAAAGGGAACGCAAACUAUAUGAAUACAGGCACACACACACACACACGAACAAACAAACAAGCAAGCAAACGAGUGGAAGAAAAAAAAAGACAGCACCAAAUGAAAAAUACGACUCGCUGUGAAACAACUUUUUUGAUAUCAUAUUACCGUGUGUGUGUGUGUGUGUCCGUGCGUGGGUGUGUGUGUACGUGUGUGGGUAUUUCUAUGUGUGCGUGUGUAUACUGUGUUCGACGUACGUAUAACUACACAACUGGCUGGGAUGUGCGUGAUAUAUACACACAAACACACACGCAUACCACCAUUCCCCAUACUUGCCCCACGCCCCUUCCCCAUGUUCUCUGUCAUACCGAAACGGGGCAGACGGGGCUGGGCUAUAAAGAAGCUCCGUGUUGUCAGUAUGGGAAAAUCUAACGUGAGGAUACAGUGUCAUCCCUCCCCUUCAACACCCGAGGGUUUGGACAAGUCUCCCUUUCAAAGCCAGAGGGGGCACUGACUCCGUUUUCUGCGAUGUGACGUUUGUGUUGUUUACAGACACCCGCCACCCAAAACAUUUACAAAACUCCCAACCAAAAAAAAAAAAAAAAAAUACAUAAACCGCUUUCUUAGUCAUGCGCUGUUUCUUAUAUAUCAUGACCUCACGUUUUCUCCACACACCUCCCGUUUUCUUUCACCAGAGAAAAUGGUCAAGGCGACGUACCUAUUCGGGCGCACUAAAGUGAUAUAUCAAAGUGUUCUAUAUAUUUACUUUUUCCGUCACCUGUACAUGAGUGUUUUGCAGAGUUUUGUAUCCACGUCUAAAAAGUUGUAUUAUCCACAAGAACAAUGAUAAAAAAAAUGUUAUAUCGGGCUAGAUGGCAUCACACACCGACACCGACACCUCCAUCACUUCACUCACUUCGCUGUAAAUAGAUGUGAAAAUGAAGA